CAGGCGAAGCGGUGGCAGCGCGGCCCCUCCUCGGCCACCAGCACGUUCCCGCAGGCCGGGCAGAACAGCAGCAUCGCUGCUUCCGCCCUCACCCCCUCAGCCCGCCCGCCCGCCCGCCCGCCCCUUCCGGCAGCGGAACGGCGAUGGCGGAGGCCGAGGAGGAGCUGGCGCACGCAGAGGUCCUGGAGCUCUUCCAGGCAGCGCUGGCGCGGCUGGUGCAGGACCCGCUGCUCUGUGACCUCCCGCCGCAGGUGACGGCGGAGGAGAUCGGCUCGCAGGUGGCUCUGGAGUACGGGCAGGCCAUGACGGUGCGGGUCUGCAAGGCGGACGGCGAGAUCGUGCCCGUGGUGGUGGUGCAGAACGCCUCGGUGCUGGAGCUGAAGAAGGCGCUGCGGAGGCACAUGCAGCUGCGGCAGGCGAGGCAGGGAGGUGUCCAGCACCUCAGCUGGAAGUACAUCUGGAGGACGUACCACUUAACUUUUGGAGGAGAGAAGCUGGCGGAUGACAGGAAGAAGCUGAGGGAGUAUGGCAUCAGAAACAGGGAUGAGGUCAGCUUCAUAAAGAAGCUUCGAAAGUAACCUGUCAGAGAUUCCAGCCCUACCAAGACCAGCCUGUGGAUUCAGCACUUCCCUGGAGGAAGAAGUUGUAGCAUUUCAAAGAGGAACAAACUCCAGCUGAAUGGACAUUACUGUAUGGCUUUGCAGGUGCUGUUUGAGAUGUCUGCCUCUUGAGCUGUAUGUAGAAGGCAUUUGCAGCAAAUUAAAGAGACCCUUUAUUUUUC